AUGAAUAAUUUAGGAGUGGAAGUAUCUAAAUAAUUGUAAAAUGAUAGCUAAGAGUUAUUCAAAAAUUAAUUUGAAGUUAUUUAAACUAUCAUAAAAGAUUUAUAAAACUAUGGAUAUACAGUCAUAGGAUUGUUAAAUAAUGAUUAUGAAAAUCCAAAACUUGAGGCUUAAAAGUGUGGUAUGGUUGUCAUAAUAAAAUGUAAAUUAGUUUAGAGUUUAGAAAAAAUGAAUGAAUAUAUUGACUUAAUUAAAAAAUUGAAAAGUGUUCCUCAUAUAAAUCAUUUUAUAGAAGGUAUUUUUUCAACUGAUGUGAAAUUUUUCUAUUACAUUACCUAAAAAUUAAAUUGUAAUUUAGAGCAAAUAAUGCUGAAUUCUUAGUAAAAACAAAAAGUCUUACCUUUUAAUUAGAUUGUCGGACUUGCUAUUUAAGUAACUAAGGCCAUUAUUGGUAUGCAAUCAUAAUCAACUUUUCAUCUAACCAUAAACCCUUAAAAAAUUCUUUACAGUGUAGAAAAAAAUAGCUUUUAUUUAAGUGAUUACGGAUAUAUAAAUAUGCGUAAUAACCACAUAAAUUAAUCAAAUUUGAAGCUGGAAUAGAAAAAGUAUUUGGCCCCAGAGAUUUUAUUCAACUCUUAGAAGCCAAGCAAUAGGUCAGAUAUCUAUAGUCUUGGAUUAAUUUUGCUGGAAUUAACUACAGGAUUUUUUGUGGAAAAUAGUAAGGCAUUUUAAUUAAAAAAAUCAUUUAAAUUAAAAGAUAAUAUCUACAGUGAGGCUAAACAACAUUAAGAACUGAAUGAGAUAAUACAAUAAAUGUUGUUAAUAGACAAAAAGAAGAGAAUAAAUGCUCAAAAUCUUCUUAAAAAAUUGGAUUAUUUAAGGUAAUUGGAAUAACUCUAUUACAAGGAGUAGCUAGAGGAAAAAGUAAGUUCUAAAGUUUUAUAACAAACGGUAGAAAUAUUUAACAAAUCUUUCGAUUAAAUAGACAUAGAAUUUAUUUCAACAAAUGUUAUAAAAUAAUACCAACAAGAAGAGGCUCUUUAUAAAAGAAUUAAAAAUAUUAAAUAAUUAAAUGGUCUUCCUAAAUCAAAAUUUUUAUAAGAGCAUAACGCCUAAAAGAUUAAAAAUUAAAGUGAUAUAGCAAAUCUAGAAUCUACUUCUUCGAUGAGCUAGAUGGCUUCUUCUCAGACGUUUACAAAUCUCCAAAAUUAAUCUUUAAGUUAAAAUUUAAGCAAGACCAAAAUUUCUUUUUAACAAAAUUUCAAAAGAAUAAGGACACUCCCAUCAAAAAUAUAAACAAAUAAUUUAAUAUAAUUAAAAAAGAAUUAUCAUAAAUCUUAUUCCGAUUUUGAAAGAGUGAUUGAUUGGUCGAUAGACUGGAAUAAAUUACAACAAAAAUAUCUUAUUCAUAAAGACAAGCUUAAGAAAAUUUUUACUGAAGUUGAAAGCCAGAAGGAUAACUAUCUCACAAAAUAGGAAAUAAAAAUUGAAUGUGAGAAUUAUAAUUUAUAAAACAGCGGUUUGUUGUUCAUCUCAAAUGCACUUAGUUAAUGUUUACUUUUAACAACUUUGAAUUUAAAUUUUUAAUUUAAUUAAAUUUCUGAUCAAAGCCUAUACAAAGUAUCAAAGUAUCUAAAAUAAUGCUUAUAUCUAAGGAAUUUAACCUUGUUUUUAGAUCGUAACUAAAUCAGUGAUAGCGGAUUGUAAGAUUUAUCCUUAAAUCUAUUAAAUAAUUGGAAUGGAACUAAUUUAGCCUUGAGUUUUAGUCGUAAUUAAAUCAAAGACUAAGGCAUAUGCAAUCUAGCUAACUCUAUAAAUACUAUGAAAAACCUAACUUCUUUAGGAUUAUACUUCGAUCAUAAUUUCAUAUCUGAUGCAAGCAUAUACUAACUUUCAAAUUCUAUUAUCAGUUGUAGUUCUCUUUGCAGUAUUAGAUUCCAAUUUGAUUACAAUUAAAUAUGCAACAGCAGGACUAUAAUAUAAUUAGGAUAAAAUCUAUCCACUCUCUCAUAAAUUUACUACUUAAAACUUUCCUUUUAUGGGAAUAAUUUUAAAUUAAAAGAAAACAUCUAAACAGCGUUUGAUUAAUACUUUGGAAAUUUAAAACAUAAUUACACAAUAUAUAUGUGA